CCAGCAUUUCACUUGUAUGAAAAAGUGACGACAAGUUCCCUAGUUUGGGACAGAAUUAGGCCAAAGGUUGGCGUGGCCAAGAUGUUUCGUAAAACUGGCUUGGAAGAAAACAGUGAGAUGGUAAAAGCUGACAAGUCUCAAUUUCAAGCACUUAUUAAUCAAAUUGGUUAAAUGAUAAACUCUUGGGGGACUGUGGUUGUGAGUUGUUUCUGGUGACAUGGUCCAUCCUUGGCUGACAGCCAGGAGCCACGUUUUCAGAGAAUGACGUAACAGACAGGCCUCUUUUGCUCCGGUCAGUGGGAUGGACCAGAACAGAAGAAGAGUAUUUAAGAAGUGAAGAUGCAUUCUGGAAAAUUAGAGAUCUCACAGAGAUCUUGUAGUGAGCAGCACUUAACUACCCAAGAAGACCAGCCAAAUCCUGUUCAAAGAUAAAUACAGAGUCUUACUCAGAAAAUUGGCUAUUUUUAUCACCUGUCAUAUAGCCAGAUUCCCCUCACCAUCUGGCAAGAAGCAGCAAUGCCAUCCCAGCUGCAGAAACAGAGGAGCAUCCCCCCAAAGGUUGUCCAGGGGGACCUGAAGACUCUGGCACUAGAUGCAAGGAAUUUCAUUGAAAGCAAUGCCAGGCUAUGCCAGCCAGAGGCCAUCCACAUCUGUGAUGGCUCGGAGGAUGAGAACAAGAAGAUCCUCGAGCUCAUGGAAGAACACGGCAUGAUUAAAAAGCUUGGGAAAUAUGAGAACUGCUGGUUGGCUUGCACAGAUCCAAGAGAUGUAGCAAGAAUUGAAAGCAAAACUGUCAUUGUCACUCAGGAGCAGCGAGACACCAUCCCACUCCCCAAAAGUGGAGUAAGCGAGUUGGGACGCUGGAUGUCAGAAGAAGAUUUUGAGAAAGCCUUUAGUGUCAGAUUCCCUGGCUGCAUGGCAGGACGCACCAUGUAUGUCAUUCCAUUCAGCAUGGGGCCAAUUGGUUCUCCUUUGUCAAAGUUUGGGAUUCAACUGACGGAUUCUCCUUAUGUGGUGGCCAGCAUGAGAAUCAUGACACGGAUGGGAACAUCGGUCCUAGAAGCUCUUGGCAAUGGUGAAUUUGUAAAAUGCCUCCAUUCUGUUGGGUGUCCUUUACCUUUAAAAAGGGCUCAGGUAAAUAACUGGCCAUGUAACCCAGAUUUGACUCUAAUUGCUCACAUCCCCGAUCACAGAGAAAUCAUUUCUUUUGGAAGUGGUUAUGGAGGAAAUUCCCUGCUUGGAAAAAAGUGCUUUGCUCUCAGGAUUGCCAGUAGGAUUGCCAAGGAAGAGGGCUGGCUUGCUGAACACAUGCUGAUCUUAGGCAUCACAAACCGAGAGGGUGAAAAGAAAUACUUUGCUGCAGCUUUCCCUAGUGCAUGUGGAAAAACCAACUUGGCCAUGAUGAAUCCAACUCUGCCAGGAUGGAAAAUUGAAUGUGUUGGGGAUGAUAUUGCUUGGAUGAAAUUUGAUGACCAAGGUAAUUUGAGAGCAAUCAAUCCAGAGAAUGGCUUUUUUGGAGUUGCUCCUGGUACAUCACUGAAAACCAACCCCAAUGCUAUGAAGACGAUUCAGAAGAACACCAUCUUCACCAAUGUAGGGGUAACCAGUGAUGGAGAUGUCUAUUGGGAAGGCAUUGAUAAACAGCUUGAACCAGGAGUGACACUCAUGUCAUGGAAAAACAAAGAAUGGACUGUCAAGAAUGAGGAACCUUGUGCACACCCAAAUUCCCGAUUCUGCACCCCUGCCAGCCAGUGCCCAAUUAUUGAUCCUGCCUGGGAGGCUCCUGAAGGAGUACCAAUUGAGGGGAUCAUAUUUGGAGGACGGAGACCUGAAGGUGUUCCUCUGGUCUAUGAAGCCUUCAACUGGCAGCAUGGAGUAUUCAUAGGUGCGACAAUGAGAUCAGAAGCAACAGCUGCCGCUGAGCAUAAAAGUAAGGUAAUCAUGCAUGACCCUUUUGCCAUGAGACCCUUCUUUGGUUACAACUUUGGCCAGUAUCUUGCCCACUGGCUCAGCAUGGCCCAUCGGCCUGGUGCAAAACUGCCAAAGAUCUUCCAUGUCAAUUGGUUCCGGAAAGAUAAGCAAGGAAAAUUCCUGUGGCCGGGAUAUGGUGAGAAUUCUCGUGUGCUGGAAUGGAUGUUCAACCGAAUCCAAGGAGAGGACUGUACUCAGCUCACUGCCAUUGGCUAUGUCCCGAGUGACACGGGCUUGAACUUGAAAGGCUUGGAAGGCAUCAACAUGCAAGAACUGUGUGAUGUUUCCAAAGACUUCUGGGAAAAGGAGGUAGAAGAGAUCAAGAAAUACUUUGAAGAGCAAGUAAAUGCUGACCUUCCCUAUGAGAUGGAACGAGAGCUUCUUGCACUGGAGCAAAGAAUAAAACAGAUAUAAAAAGCAGCUAGAGCAGAGUAUUUAGAUUGCUCUGGACUUGGAAAGGGAGGGGGGAAAUAAAUAAAUCUCAGCCAUGCAUUGCCUAUGGACUUGAAGCUCAAAAGUGCCAAGAUUGGCAGAAAGAUUUGACCAGGACUGUCACAUCUAAAGACUGAUUAUAUAGCUUCCAGCAUUUCACAAAUGAAAACUGGGACACAUGUGGCCAAACAAUAUCAGAGUGUGGUCAAGAUGUUAUUGAUAAACAUUAUUUAAAAAGUUAUUGAUGAAGAACAACAGUGAAGCUAGGCCAAGCAGCAGGAGCAGUUUGCUUUUGCCUGAGCUUACUAGGAAGAUAACAAGUCUACUCCUCUCCUCUCUUCUCCUCUCCUCUUGUUUUAAUUGACUUCAUACUACUUUUGCACUUUAAAUUAAUUUUGCUGAAAUUGAAGUAAGUUGAGAAAUGGUGAAAGAGGAAAGAGAAAGUGGGACAUUUUUAAAAAGCAGCUGAAAAAGUGGGACAGCAGCAGAUAAAUCAGGACUGUUCUUGCCAAAUCAGGACAACUAGAGGGUAUGUAAUUAUAGUUCACCGUUUUUUAGACUUCACUUGAUGAGCGAUUGAAGCAGUUGUUAUGAAGCUUUCUUUCGUGGUAAGCUUCCCUCCACAGAUAAAUACUGUACUCAUGCUGGAAAGAAAGGUAUCCCAGGAUAGCUGAUUUUCACCUGUAAUAUACAUGAGUGUUCCUCAGUGUGGGUACUUUCCUUCCUUCCAUCUCUAUUAACUUUAUUGUAGCAAGUAAAAAAAUCUUCACUGCAGUUAGUAGGAAGGGAAAGAAUCAGAGCUUUAAAAUGUAUUAUUUUUUUUUUUUACUACUGUUCCCAGAGUUCUCCAGCCAGCAUGGCCACUGUCUGGGAGAUUGUGGAAGCUGUAGUCCAGUUAAUAAUAAUAAUAAAUUUUAUUUAUAUA